AUGGCACCCAAACGGUCCAAGAACCAGAUCCGCCGUGAAAAGGCAAAACUACGAAAGGUUCAAGACAAAAAUGAUAGCUCCCCACUGUCUUCAGCGCUGAAUACUGCUAAGUCCGAAAGAAAGUCAGACGAACCAUCAUCGAUAGACACACUGACACAACAGACCCAACCUUUGAAUAAUGGCGAUGGGGCUGAUGACAAAUUGGCUAAAGAGUCGGAGAAAGAUACCCAUACUCCACGGGCCAACAUCAAGCAGACACAAAGCUCAGUUGAAAAUGGAAACUCGUCAGACAUCCCGAACCUUACGGGUCAGUUUCAGCAUGUCUUCGCUAAGUUUGAGCAGCCUUCGAAGUCAAGUUCCCAAAGCCUAAUACCUCAGUCUCUCGCAACAGAGCAUCUGGAAUCUUCUGAUGAGGAAAGUCUGAGUGAAGAGGUCGAAAAACCAAUCUCAAAGAGGCAACGUCGUAAAUUAAACAAGGUAUCAAUUGCCGAACUAAAAGCAUACUCCAAUCGACCCAACUCAGUUGCUUGGUACGACGCCGACGCCCCAGAUCCAUAUAUGUGCAUUGCAUUCAAAACCUCCUUCAAUUCAAUAGAUGUGCCAUCCCACUGGCUGCAGAAGAAGGACUAUUUAUCGGGCAAGAAAGGGUAUGAAGUUCCACCAUUCAAGCUACCUAAAUUUAUUCAGGAUACUGGCAUUGCUGAAAUGAGAAACUACGAUCCUGAGUCCCUAAAGAAAGAGCAGCGUGAUAGAGUCCAACCAAAGAUGGGUAAGCUAGACAUUGAUUACCAAAAAUUGCAUGACGCUUUCUUCAAGUAUCAAACCAAACCUCGAUAUUUGAAAUUUGGUGAACUAUAUUGGGAGGGACGAGAGAAGGCUGAUCAACAUCGAGAGACUGUGAUGCAUAUGCGGCCAGGUGUCGUAUCGAAACGGUUGAGGGAAGCAGUUGGGCUUUCAGGAAAUGAUCUUGACGUAAUUCCUCCGUGGGUCACGCUCAUGAAUCUGAUCGGUAAGCCACCCGCCUAUAAACACUGUAUUAUCCCUGGCGUCGAUGUGGUGUACAACAACGGCGGGUAUCGGACAAGCGAAUCGUCCGACUUUAAUUUUCAAGAUGAAGCCGCUUGGGGAGCUUUCGAAAAAGUUGUCGAAUCCGAUUAUGAUGACAGCGAAAGUGAAGAAGAAGCUGAUAGUAACGAUGAUGAUGAAAUUUCUUCUGAAAAGUCUGUUGAAGAAGAGCCAGACGUUGAAGAGCCCGAGAAGGUUGACAUCACUGAGUUCAGCAAGUACAAGACGAAUGCUUCUGACAACAGUUCAAAGGAUACUUCAGGCUCGUUGUACAAAGUCUUGAAGGAAAAAGCUGUUUCUGAUUCCAAGGGAGAAGACAAAAAGACAGGUUAUGAAAUUACUACUGCGGAUGAUACCAGUCCAAUGCAAACUAAAACUAUGAAAGACGACAAAAAAGAAGACGUCGAAGAUUUUGAGUUUUAA